CGCCGACCUCAGGAGGCUCAGUCUAGCGCCGGUGGACAAUGACUCUCGACGUUAGUUUCCCGGAGGAUGCACCGAUCGACACGACUCCACAGUGCCCUCCUUCCAAUUCCAGAUUUCAUGUAAGCGCUCUCUCUGUUCGCAUUCGAUUUCAACUUUUCUGUCUCUUAAUAUUCAUUUUGAUAUUGAUCCCCGCUUCCCUUUUCAUGUCAAUCUAGCUUGAUUCCGUUAAUGAAAGCUAAUUUUUUUUCAUAAUUUUUUGGUCGGAGAUAGGAGGUUCGAUUUAGUCGAGCGAAUAAGAAAUUGAUGUCUACAGGAACUAAUCUGCUUCGCUACUGAUAGUCAGUUUUCUUUACUAAUGUUUGGAGAAGUAAAUGAAAUUCAAUUUCAGAUAUUGGUCUCAUUUUCUUCAUUGCUGAAAGUUGAUACUGUUAGAAGAUACUGAAGUGAUUGAAUUUCUUUAUAGAGGAUGUGGUAAAUGAUUGAGAUUCGUUUCCUUUGAUAAUUACUCAUCAAUUGAACAAACAGUGUGAAUGAGGUUUUAAUUGGAAAAUAAGAAAGAAAUCCAUUGUGUAAAAUCAUUCCGGAAUCCAGAUUUAGUAAACAGAGAAGUAUGAUUUGCAUUUAUAAAGCCGUCUUGUAUAUGCCUGUUGCCUGAAGAGGUAAUACUAUAAUAGUCAUUUACUCUGUUCAUUCUUAAUUUGAACCUUGAGCACUUCGGUUGUAUUAACUGAAUAAUCAUAGUUUAAUGAUGACAUGACGUAAUGUAAAGUGUUUUUGCAUACCUUGUUUCCUAAUCUGUCUGUACUUGGUAGCCACCUUAUUGUUUAUUGUUAAGGUCCAGUUUGGAACAUCAGAUUGUUUCUUGACACAGACACACAGAGUCAAGGAGUCAGGGGCCAAACUUCACAAACAGAAAAAGAAAGUAUAGGAUGUGUA